CUUCUGACGGAUGAUGACUAUGUUCUUGCCACGGAGUUCUGUGCACCAUCUGUUUCAUCCUUCAGCAUAACCAUUUAGCCAAACCAAUUACCAGAGCCGCUGAUCCGACACAUCGCCAGGAUUGGGUGAACUACAGGUGGAGCAGCCUGAUUUGCUGUUUGAUCAAUCGAUGGUGCAGUCAAUAUUAAAUUGGAACGUUGGCAGACGACCUAUGGCUUCCAGCUGUAAUCAACUUCGCACCAUUCUUCCCACCUACUUAUCGCCAGGAGAUAUGCAAGCCUACAUGUCGCGUUUUCCCCCCUUCCCCUUAACUUGAAGGAUGUCCACUCUCAACGAUCCAACAGAGGUUGACGCCAUCGAUACAAUUAACGACUUGUCAAAAGGUGUCCCCUCUCAUGCCCGUGAUAACCUUGAGAGGAGAUUACUGAGGAAGCUUGAUUUGCGCAUGUCCAUACUACUGAUUUUACAAACCCUGAAUCUGAUUGACAGAUCCAAUAUUAGCAACGCUCGGUUACAAGGUUUUGAGAAAGACCUGCACCUGCAUGGGCAACAAUACGCCACGACUUUGUCCAUCCUAUAUGUUGGAUACAUUGUCAUGCAAGUCCCAGGGAACAUGUUCCUGCACUGGCUGGAGAAGCCUUCUAUCAUCAUUCCGUCCUGUAUGAUAGCAUGGGGUACAAUAUCAGUGUUAACAGGGAUCACAACGAAUUAUACUGGGAUUGUUGUCGCCCGCUUCUUUCUUGGCUUUGCUGAAGCACCCUUCUUCCCCGGUAUGAUAUUUCUUGUAUCUAAAUGGUACAAGCGGGACGAGCUCGCCUUGAGAAUAGCUCUCGUUUCUUGUGGAAAUUUUCUCAGCUCUGCAUUCGGAUCUCUGCUUGCAUCUGCUAUACUUCACGGCAUGCAGGACAAACUUGGUCAAGCUGCAUGGAGAUGGUUAUUUUUUAUUGAAGGCGGCAUGACUAUCGUGGUCGCGAUUUGCGCGAUAUUCAUACUCCCUGAUUUCCCGCACAACACCAGGUGGAUCACUCCGGAGGAAAGAGCACUUGCUAUCUCUCGCCUUGCGAAUGAUGGCUAUGGUAAGGCUGACGAGCUUGGGAAGCAGACGACCAUGCAAGGACUGCAGGAUGCUGUGUCUGACUGGAAGGUGUGGUGGUUUGCAGUUGCGGCCAUGUUCCAGAUAGUGGGGCAGUCUUUCUUCGCUUACUUCCCAACGCUGUGCGCGACACUGGGAUACGACACGACUAUAACAUUGUUGCUUUGUGCUCCUCCGUGGGUGUUUGCAGGUAUAGUCGCAUUUAUUCUUACAUGGCAUUCUGACAAGAAGCAGAGGCGUUACAAAUACUUUGUUAUUCCCAAUGCAUUCGGCGCCCUUGCAUUCAUCGUGUCGAUCUUUACGAUGAACAAGGCUGCGCGCUAUAUUUCACUGUUCCUGGUGGCUCAAACCGUUACUGGAUACCUGGUGGUCUUAGGGUGGAUCAACAACACUUUCGCCAGAGAACCCGCGAAGCGCGCCGUUGCUAUUGCUUUGGUGAACGCAAUGGGGCAGAUAGGCAAUGUUAUUGGAUCAUACGCAUGGCCGACGAACUGGGGCCCUACAUAUCGUUAUUCCUAUGCCAUCUGCAUUGCUGCACUUGGGGUUUCGACAGGCAUGCUUGGUGGUAUGUAUUUAUAUUUGAAGCAUUUGAAUGAGCAGAUUGAGAGGAAGGAGCGGGAUGUGAAGGAUAUCACCGAGAUUCGGGAGAUUAGUUUCAAAUAUCUGGUGUAG